CUUUGAAUCAGGGGGGCAAGUGAGAGGUCAGCGUCUGCCCUGGUGACCAUCUGUCUGAUGUUUGCCUGACUUUUGGUCAGCUCACAGUGAGUUUACUGUCCUGGUUUAUUGUCAUCCGUGUACAGAAAUGUUUAUGUUGCUGGGAGAAGGAUGAUAGAAAAUAUUAAAUCUUUUCCUUCUGAUUGCAGUGCAAUGAUGCGCCUUUGAAUAGUACAGCGUGCUCUGCUGUUUCUAAUCAGUGUCUAACUAAAUUGAAUGUGUUUGGGCCUCAUAAUAAUCUAAUUACUCUCUUGGUUUAAUUUGGUCUACUGCAAAAUUGUACUGUUAAUGAAAAAUAAGAAUAUUGCUAUUCUCACAUUUUUAUUUCUAAUAUAUAGAAAUUGAUUGCAUAAUGAGGUCUUCAGCGUGGUAUUGCGACUGCGCACCAGGUUGCAUAGUCUUAUAAAACAUGGGAGAGAUGGUCAACUUUUCCUUUUUUAUGCAUGUAAAUGUAUAGACUUCAUAGACUCAAAAAGAAAGACCCUUAUAGCUGCAUCACAAGCAUGCCUCAUGAACCAAAACCUGUUAAAUAUGUUAUUGUGUAAGUUUUUUUUCUAAAUUAGAUUGUCAUCUUGCACCACUACAAUGUUUCCUGUCUUCACGAGAUGUAAAUCAGAUGGAGUAGAUUUUCUGUGUCACUCCAUGUCAGUCCUGCAGGUUUGGAGCGAAACAAUGACUUCUAUCAGAUCAGACACCUGACACGUUAUCUCUCAGCUCAGCUUUCCUGCAGCGGGCCCUGGGGAGUAACAGGAUAGGGAAGGGUUACUGUGUGCGUCCCUGACAGAAAAAGUGAAAGGCACAAUCCCUGGGGACAAAAAAGACAGAGGAUUAUUAUGCUCAGCUACGGGGCAGUUUUCCACAGAAACCUUUUCGACAGAGAAACCGAUCGGCUGCGCCCACUUUGAAACUGGCUGCUCAGACAAAACCAGGAUAUGGAAAUCACAAAAGAGACAUGCCUGUUGGACAUUCACCUCUGGCUCAUAACUCUGCGGCCGACGGCAGCGCCUCUGAAAUCAUUCAGCUCAGAAAAAUCAACGGCUCCUCUGCAGAGACGCCGAGCUACCAGAACCUCCACCGGGAGCUGCUGCUCAGCCACAAACGAGGCCUGCUGCUGGAGGAGAAACCGGAGCUGAAGCGCGUUCUGGAGCAGCGCAGGCUGGAGCUUCACAAGGAGGAGGAGAUGGCACAGCGACGGCCCUCCGAUCUGGAGACGGAGCUCCGCAAGAGGCAGCAGAAGCUGCAAGAGUACGAGCAGGAGGAGAUAAGGCAGCGGGAAAACCAGAACAAGAUCCCAGAGUUUGUCCGUGUCAGGGAAAACCUGAGGCGCACGCAGACGUUCGAGCAGCCCUGAUCCGCUCCCAUCAGCCAGUGCAGCCUCUCACCACUGUGGCCCUAAAAAAAAAAACUUUUAUGCUCACUGCCUACUGAGCUGCAAUAACACCUGUAUACCAGAGACAUCCGCAUAAUUUAACAUUUGCUCUUCCACCGUGAAUUUCAAUUAGAAAUGUAUACGUGGAGGCCAAAACUUUUGUCCAUCUUAAAAAACAACCUUUAUUUAAACUCGUUCAUAGAUUUGUUUCUGGUGAAGGAGUGAAGAGCUCAGUUUUUUUUUUUUUUAUUGUGAAUUAUUAUUGGCUGAGUGAAAGCAACAAUGUUCUGAUGCUGAAUGUUUUUUUUUUUUUUUAUGUUUUUUAUCCUCACUAAUCUACCUGUUCUAACAUAAUCAGUUUUCCUGUUUCAAGUAUACAAUCAUCAUUAAUGUCAGGUCCUUUACUUUAUUGACAGAAUAUUUCCAAUAGCACUGUUUUGUAUUAGCAAGAACCUCCUUCAACAUUACAAAACAAAAAAAGAAUACAAGUUUGUUUACCUGUUCCUGUCAUGACUUUUGAUUUUUAGUUUGUCUGUGUGUGUGUGUGUGUGCUGUGGAAAUAAAAAGGUUUUAUGGUUUGGA